GUUUUAAUUGCAGCAUAGAAUAUUCAUUAAUAAUUAAAAUAUAUCUAGGAUAAACUUUAAAUAAUGCUCUUAACAGUUAACGGAUAAAACACUGCUGUUCCUAUUGUCACAUGUACGGUAAUACAUCGAUAAUAAUAAAACAUCGAUAAAAUCGUACACAUAUGGUGAAACACGAUAGCUUUAUUUUUUAUUUCACAUUUUAUGAUCUCAAGCAACUUGUGGUCAACAUUAAAAACAAAUAAUUGUUUAAUUAUUUUUGUUUCUUUUGUCACAAACGAUUGACUUCAACUAAUAAAAUAAUAAAACAAUUUAAUUUUGGAAUAUUUCUUUAAUUAAAAAUGGCAAAUAUUUCUUUAAGUGAAGCGGAGAAAACUUUUAUAUUACACGGCGUGGAGGAGGACUUUCGUUGCGAUGGGCGAUCACGACGAGACUAUCGGCCAAUGGAACUGGAAACCGAUUUGGUUAGUAAUGCCAGCGGUUCUGCCAGAUUACGUUUGGCAAACACCGAUGUAUUAGUUGGAAUUAAAACCGAAAUUGAUAAACCAAAUUAUUUAACACCAGAUCAAGGAAAAAUAGAGUUUUUCGUCGAUUGUUCUGCAAACGCUGCUCCAGAAUUCGAAGGACGUGGUGGUGAGGAAUUGGCUUUAGAGUUGGCCGAUACUUUAACAAAUGCAUAUGAGUCUCCAAAAGCCUUUAAUUUGAAAACCCUUUGUAUAUUACCGGGUCAACAAUGCUGGAAACUUUUCGUCGAUAUUUUGAUUUUAGAAUGUGGAGGAAAUUUGUUCGAUGCAGUUUCUUUGGCAGCGAAGGCAGCUUUAUUUAACACAAAAAUACCACGUGUGACGGCGGCGCUUAUGGAUGCUGGAGAAGCCGAAUUAUUAAUAUCGGAUGAUCCAUAUGAUUGUACUCGUAUUCAAAUUGAAAACUUGCCUAUUCUGGUAACAGUGUGCAAAAUUGGUGAUUCGUGUGUUGUAGAUCCUUCAGCAGAGGAAGAACAGUGUAGCAUUGCAAGCGUUGUAGUCGGCGUUUCAAAAAGAAAUGGAAAAAAUUAUACAUCUAACGUGCAUACAAUUGGAGAAGGUUCUUUGCACAAGGAUACCAUGCAUAAUUGCAUAUUACUGGGUCUAUCAGCCGCUGAAAACUUAAAUAACGAGUUGUUAAAAGCAUUGAAACUCGAAGAAAGCCGUGUAGGUUCUAAACGCCGAAAUAUCAUAGGUUUUCUUAAAUAAAAUGACAAAAAUAUAAACCCAAGUACGCUGAUAAUUUAUUUGAGGCUCUUAAUACUUCCAUAAACUUUACAUAAUUUUUUUAUAAUGGGAAAUUAGGUUUAAUAUAAUAAAUCCUAUUUUGUAUUAGUUC